AUUGUUAUUUUAUUGUUACAUGGAAAACAUAUCAUUUGCGUGUUUAUAUUUUUGUUAAUACCUAAAAUAUGUUCCUUUGCAGAAUGCACAUUUAGUGACAUAUAUUGUCUGCAAGAGAAAAGUUUAGUUCACCAAAGGUCUCUCUAUACCUAGAUAUGGAGAAGGGAAAAAAAUAUUUGAAACCAAAAAAUAUUUUAGAAAAAGUGACACUUUUACGUAGAAGUUUAAUAUUCCAAACGAAAGAGUUCUUUCAAAAUUCAACAUUACAUGGCGUGAGAUAUAUAGCCGAAAGUGGACGACCACUUGGAGAAAAGUUUAUGUGGUUUUGUUUUACUGCAGUCGGUGCAGUAACUGCUUUAAUUAUUAUUAUGAGCUUAUGGGAAAAAUUUCAAACUAAUCCAACUAUUACUGGACUGGAUACUGACUAUCAAAAUCAAAAAGUCAUAUUUCCUUCUACAGUAGUUUGUCCUGAAACUGCUUUUGACCGCAAAAAGGCGUAUGAUGUAGCUUACCGAUCACUUGCUGCAUACGAUCAUAACAUGGCACGUCAAAUUGCUCCUUUCUUGGAACUUCUGACAUCUUUAUCAUUCGAAAAUAUACAAGCAGCUUAUGAUAUGAGUCAGAUGUUUACUUCAACUAACAUCGAUGAUAGAUCACUUCGUGCAUGGGCAUUUCAAGUUCACACGGGCUGCGAAGAUACUCUUGUCGAAUGUAAAUACAGAGAUGAAAAGAUUAAAUGUUGUUCACAUUUUGAUCCUAUUUAUACUGAACAUGGAUUUUGUUAUGCCUUCAAUAGCCGUUUUAUUUCUACUGCAGAUUCUGAUCAACCUGCACCAUCAGCGCAUGACUUAUAUGAAACAGAUAAGAAAUGGGCUUUGCAGUUUGUUCCGAACAGUACUUCAAAAAUAUACAUUUUUUCUCAAGAAGAAUAUUUUGGCGAAGAUAUUAAGUCACAAUUGGAAUGGAAGGAAAAUCAAUCAGUCGAAGUUCGGAUCUUGAAAAGAAGUACAUAUACUACUGAUGAUGCUCGCCAGUUGACAAUCGGUCAAAGAAAAUGUAUCUUUUCGGAUGAAGUUAAACUUUCAUUUUUUCACGAAGAGUAUACUUUUACCGCUUGCAUGAAGGAUUGCCGAAUGAAAAAAUCUAUUAAGCUUUGCAAAUGUAUCCCAUCAUUUUACAAACCCGUUCCAUACGUUCCAACAUGCAAGAUCAGCCAAUUGCCUUGUCUACAAAAGUACGCCACAAAUAUAACAAAUAUCAAGGAUUGUCUACACUGUGAACUUGGAUGUUCUCAAACAGUCUACAAUAUUGAAAAACUCAAUAAAAAUUAUGGUAACCCUGAAGAUCAGACAGUAAUCGUGGAGUUUCUAACUUGGCCGAUCAUUUGUUUCAAACGAGAAGUUCUUUUUGGAUGGGUGGACUUAUUAGUAUCAUUUGGAGGCAUCGCCAGUCUUUUCUUAGGAUUCUCUCUUUUAUCAGGCGUUGAAAUAUUGUACUACUUCACAAUGAGAGCAUGCUGCAUGGUUUAUAGAAAUAGAGAUGAACUUUACAAAAUCGAGGAAGACAUCAAAAGAAGGCCACCACCGUUGAUUCAUAUGUCAUUGGUGCCAAGAGCGAGAGAAAAUGAAAGUAAUGAGAUUUCUAUUAUUCAAGACGACAAACUUAAAAAGCAACCUGAAGUCAGUGUGGGCGGUACUUCAAAUCCGUUAAACAGACGCCGACAUGAAAAGGUGAAUAAUAAUUCAUUUAAUCGUUAUUAAAUGCAGUUUCUGGAAGAUUCAAAACUACCGUACACAUUCAUCAUGUGUCUAAUAGCACUUUUCUCAUAAGUUAGAAAAAUGGAUAAUUUCAUAAAGUGUGGACUGCAUUGCACACAUAAUUUUAAGUGAACUAAUUGAUAUAAUGUACAUUGAACGUUUGUAUGUAUUUUUUUCAUAAAUUACACAAUAAAAAUGAUAAAUAAAU